CUGUUUGGGUUUCUGGAAUUCGCUAUUGCUCAUCUUCCUUGCAAUUUGGUAUCGGAGCUGUGGUACGAUUGUGUACAGUGUUGUAGCUUAUGAGCGAUGAGGAGGUUACACAACCGGACGACCGGAUCUUGCGAUCAGCUAGACGCCCGAUAGCCCACGUGGGUGAUAGGGUUCUGUUCCGCCAGCUUAGGGAGAGGCAGCAGCAGCAGAGGAGAGCUAGGGCAGCGGAGACCAGCAAGGCGUUCGCAAGCGAAGCCGCUGUUUCAGCAGCCAUGGCAACUUCUGCGCAGCAGAGUUCCCAGGCCAGCAGUUCAGGAGCUGUAGGGUCAACGGUCGCGCAGACCCAGAGUCAGUCCACUGGCGUCAUGGCAAGCCAGCCAAUAGUGUUGACCCCCGAGGAGGUCGCCAUACAGCGAGCAGCCCUUCGCGAGGCACAGCUACAGCAGGCAUUAGGAGAGAUCAAAGCGGAGAAAGAGAAAAUAAUUAGGCGAAGAGCCAGGAUGCAGCGGAGAGAAGUGGACGUUAGUGAGUUAGAGCAGAUGAACAUGACAAAUAUGCAUGAUGACGUCAGAACACUAAGGUCAGUCCUGCUACAUGUAGUGGUGAUGCUGGACCACCAGACAACGCUCUUACAGGACAUCCAGCAGAGCCUAGCCGUGCUGUUAGGGCGAGUUCAUGCGACACCAUCACCGUCCGGGCCUGGUGCCUGGCCCGUUGUACAUCCUCCUCCUUAUGUCCCACCGGUGACUGGGGUAUCCCCAUAUGUUGCUCCAGCAUCAGUUCCGACCGCUUCCCCUGGUAUGCCGCUAACAGGAGGGUUCUCAGCAGGUCCUAGUUUGCAGGUUCCUGUACAUACAGUGUUCACCCAACCUCCGUCGCAGCCUGCCGUCACUGGGCAGCUUGCUGUCUCGCAGCCUGCACAGUCGCAGGGCACACGGCCCCAACAAACGGUAGUGCAGCAGCCUGCUCGCCAAGGUCCACAUCCUGGAGUGGGACAGGUGCCGGGACAAACUCAGUGGCUUCCAAAGACGGCCAUCGCCGCUCCCAAGCCCUUCACAGGGGAUAAGAGGGGCGAAGACCUCGACACUUGGUUGAGGGCAGUGCCGGUCUAUGUGAAGUGUACACUUACCGUGCCGCACGAGGAAGUGUUUGUGGCUGCCUCCUAUCUAGAGGGGAGUGCAGCAAGAUGGGUUAAGUGGUUUAGUAUGUACUAUCUCUCCGUGGCACAGCCCCAGUUUGACUCGGACCGAAAAGUGGUCAAGCACACUUUGCCAGGUGGGGGGCCCGCCAGAUUACGUAAGUUUAAGGCUAGUAGUCUGAUCGAGUCCUACGGAUGCAUGUGUGAGGCCACGUUUUAUAAUUAUUAUAAGCAAAAUCCGGAGGAGGGUAUGUAUCUAGUUUAUGUCUCUGCAGCAGGCGAGCCGAUGAAAAUGUCGCCGGAGAUAGAGGGAGUGGUUGCUAAGUACCCUGAUCUGUUUGAGGAGCCUACACGGGUUGUUGAGAGGGAGGUCGUCCACGCGAUAGAGAUUAUCCCAGAGUCGCCCAUCCCGAAGGGUAGGAUCUAUCGGAUGUCUCCAGGCGAGCUUGACGAGCUUCGCCGCCAACUCAAGGAACUCGUAGAGAAGGGGUGGAUCCGGCCGAGUGUCUCUCCUUAUGGUUUGCCAGUCCUAUUCGUACCAAAGAAGGGGGGCACUUUGAGGAUGUGCAUUGACUAUAGGGGCCUCAAUGCCAUCACUGUCAAAAACCGAGAUCCCCUACCGCGCAUCGACGACUUGUUAGAUCGAGUGCACGGGUGCCGGUACUUCAGUAAGAUAAAUCUGAAGUCCGGGUACCAUCAGAUUGCAAUCCGGCCUGAGGAUCAACCAAAAACCGCAUUUCAGACCAGGUACGGUCUGUACGAGUUUGUGGUGAUGCCUUUCGGCCUUUGCAAUAUUCCUGGCACAUUUCAGCACGCGAUGAAUCGGAUCUUUCAUGACUACUUGGACAAGUUUGUCAUCGUGUACCUCGAUGACAUACUUAUCUUUAGGACUGUCGAGGAGCAUGUUGCGCACUUAGAUAAAGUCCUUAGUCUCCUUCGACAGCACAAGUUCAAGAUCAACGGGGAGAAAUGUGAGUUUGGCCGCACCCGUAUUUUGUAUUUGGGUCAUGAGAUUUCCGCGGAGGGGUUGAAGCCCGAUGACGCGAAGGUGGCCAGCAUUCGUGAUUGGCCACGUCCUCAGUAUGUGACUGAGAUGACAUCUUUCUUACGGAUGGCAAGCUACUACCGCACUUUCGUUAAGAAUUAUAGCAUAGUGGCCGCCCCUUUGACCGAUUUGACGCGCCUUGACACCCCAUGGGAGUGGACAGACGAGUGCGAGGCUGCUUUCAGACAUUUGAAGCAUGCGUUGACGCACUACGAGGUCUUGAAGCUACCUGAUCUUGACAAGCCAUUCGUAGUAACCACGGAUGCCAGCCAAUAUGGCAUUGGCGCCGUGCUUGCGCAGCAGGAGGGGCCAAAGUUGAGGCCAGUCGAGUACAUGUCUAAGAAGAUGUCGUCUCAGAAGUUGGCCAAGUCCAUGUAUGAGAAGGAACUCUAUUUGGUUUACAAGGCUCUGACCCAUUGGAGGCACUAUCUCCUUGGGAGGUUCUUCAUCCCCAGGACUGAUCAUCAGACUCUGAGAUGGAUGAGAACUCAGUCGGUGCUCUCUGACGCUCUGAAGUGUUGGAUCGAAGUCAUUGAGCAGUAUGACUUUGACCCGCAGUACAUGAAAGGGGAGUACAACAAGGUUGCUGAUGCCUUAUCGCGUAGACCUGAUUUAUCAGAUGCUCAGCUAUACGUGGAGACUUGUCAGGUCUGUCAGAGGGACAAGCCACGUACUCAGGCACCUCUUGGGCUCCUGAAGCCCCUUCCGAUUCCGGAAAGGCCUGGUGAGAGCUUGUCCAUGGACUUCAUGGAUACGCUGGUCACCAGAAAGAGCGGCAUGAGACACAUCUUCGUUAUCGCGGAUAGAUUUAGUAAGUACGCUAGGUUAGUUGCCAUGCCCGAGACAGCAAAGACCGAGUACGUGAUCAGAUUGUUCAAAGAGAACUUGGUCAGGGUUUUUGGUCCGCCUAAGUCCAUCGUGAGUGACAAGGAUGUCCGAUUCACCAGUGAGUUGUGGAAGGCCGCUGCUGCGGAACAGGCAACACAGUUGCAAAUGACUUCUGGGAACCACCCAGAGGCCAAUGGACAAGCUGAGCAACUGAACCACGCUGUUGGGGACAGAGUCUGGGUUAAGUCCUCAGAACUGGGACAGGAGUAUGGGAUUUCCCGCAGACUCAUGCCUCAGUACUUUGGACCAUGGGAGGUCUUAGACAUCGCCGGGACUGAUCCAAAUGGGCCGUCUUAUGUAAUCCGGAUCCCUGGUCAUCUCCGCACUUACCCUGUCUUUCACGCCUCCAAGCUUGCACCUUUCAAGGAAACAGACCAAUUUCCUUCUCGUUGCUCAAUGUCGCCCCCAACCAUGGAUGGAGAAGUGGAUGUCGAUGAUAUUGUCGAUCACACGGAGCUGCCAGUUCCAAGACCAACAGGCAGGGGACGUCCUCUGAAACCGAAGCUGCAAUACCGUGUUCGGUUCCGACAUCAUAUUAAUCCAAAGGAGGACCGCUGGUUCACCCGGAAGGAACUCAUGCAGACUGCUCCUCAUAUCGUAGCCCAAUACAAGAAGUCUCUGCGGAAAGGAAAGCGCCAGAUUAUCGAAUACUGAACUUCUCAGAGGACUAUCGAAGUUAUGGAGGAGGGAAUGCGAGGCCAAGGCCCCGAUGAGCCCCUUCUUGGCUCUGACAGGCAGCACGUCGGCCGCCCUAAGUGAAGGUAGGCUCGACGAGGGCCUGAGGGUCCCUAUUUCGGCCACCACGCAACUGGGGAAAAUUCAGGCAAUUGCGCAGCGCCAGUUGGUUGAGGGCACCCAGGCCCAGGCCACCUGUUUGCAUGAAUGGAAGACAGGCCCUGGGCUGGAUACACGAUAAGGGCCAAACAAAAGCCGAGGGCAGCU